UGUCCCAGCCUCCCGGAGAGCCCCAGCGUCAGGCACUGCGCCCGCCUGCUGCCCCACAGUGGGCCCAGCACCCCAUGUUCCGCUCACGGCGGGCCAGCCUGGUGCGGAGGCUCUGGAGGUAUCGCUGUGCUGGGCCCGGCCCCGAGGAUGGGCACGGCGCCCUCAAACCCGCCGCUCACGCCCUCUUCAAGAAGCUGAAGGACGAGGAGCUGGAGCUGCUGGUGCAGGCGGUGGAGAGCCGGGGAGCCGGGCAGUCGGGCUGCGUCUGGGUGGCCCGGGCAGAGCAGCGUGGCACCAAGCAGGCCCUGCCCCCUCAGGUGCUGCUCUGUCGGCUCUAUCGCUGGCCUGACCUCCGGGACCCCCACGAGCUCAAACGCCUCAGCUGCUGCCAGAGCUUUGGGGGCUGGGGGGGCUGCGGCGAGGGGGCCACGCUCUGCUGCAACCCCCACCACCUCAGCCGGCUCGCCAUGCCCGAGACGCCACCGCCCCCUUAUUCCAAAAUCUCCCCCUUCAGCUGCCCCUGGGCAGAGGUGUCAGAGCGCCCCAACUCCAGCCACCUGGAGUCUGGUUGCAACGCCCAUGGAGACUGGCGAGACCCCAGCCUGGCAUGGAGCACCACCAGGGACGGCUGCUGGUGCAAGCUGGCCUAUUGGGAGCACCGGACACGGGUGGGCCGUCUCUACGCCGUGCACGAAACCUCCGUCAACAUCUUCUGCGAGCUGCCGCAGGGGAACGGCUUCUCCCUGGGCCAGCUGCAGGCUGAGAGGCGCAGUGCGGCCGUGCGCCGGGCCCGGAGCAAGAUCGGCCGUGGGCUGCUGCUGAGCCAGGAGCGGGACGGGGUGUGGGCCUACAACCGCAGCGAGCACCCCAUCUUCGCCAGCUCUCCCACGCUGGGGCCCCCUGGCGCCCGCGGCCUGCCCGUGCGCAAGGUGCUGCCCGGCUACUCCCUGCAGGUCUUUGACUAUGAGCGCGCGGGUGGCCAGGCCAGCUGGCGGAGGCCAGGCGAUGGGCCCUGCGACCCCAACAGCAUCCGCAUCAGCUUCGCCAAGGGCUGGGGCCCCUGCUACUCCCGGCAGUUCAUCACCGCCUGCCCCUGCUGGCUGGAGAUCCUGCUCACCAAGCCCCGCUGAGCCGGGGGCACAGCCCAGCACAGCUACUCCCGCUGCGGCCACGGGCCCUGCAGCCAAGUGGAGUGGGGGAGCGUCCCUCGGGCCCCCGCCUCUGAGGCCUGGCCCUGCUGCCUAUGCUAGGCUCUGGCCCUGCAGCUUCUGGCCUCUCUGCCUAGAAACCCCAUUGCAGCCUCCCUCCGCCCCGACCCCAUCACGAGCCUGCAGCUUGGGCCUAUGGGCCUCUCCAGCCAUCCCCAGCCCAAGCGCUAUGGCCCUGGUCAGCCCCUGUCUGCCCCUCUCCCCUGGCCUGCCUCCCAGCCUCCUCCCCCGCACCUCUUCCCCUUAUCUCCAGCCCCCCACCCCCAUCCCUCUGGAAAUCCCACACCUCUGCCCUCCCCCAUCCCCUCCCUCAC